AAUGAAAUGGCAUUGUAAAAUAAAAAAGGUUACCCCAAAUCAAGCCCCAUCCCCACGCCAACGCCAUCCACCCUUCUCUUCCCUCCACCCACCCACCCCACCCUUGGCGGCGGCUUACAAUCCCCCUCAUCAUCCUCACCGCCCAAUCCCCUUUCGCCAUGUCACUCCUUCCCUGCGCCCCUCGCGCACUUUAUCACCUCCCUCCCCCGGCGCACCUUAGCCCUCCCCCCUUAGCGGUGGCCUCAUCCUCUAAAUCCUCCUCCUCCUUCCUCUCUCUCUUCCUCUCUCCGCCGCUCCUCUCUCUUCUUCUUCUUCAGAUCUAACCCUUUUCCCCCUUCUGAUCUCUCUUCAGAUCUCCGAUGGUUUCCUCUGCCAUGGGUUCUCCUUCCUCUCCCAUCGAUGGAUCUCCCCCUUCUUCUUCUCACCCUUCCAAUCCCCUUCAAGCCCUUUCCCUUUCUGCUCCUCUCCCUCCUCCUUCCAAUCCGCCGCCGCAAGCCACGGCUUCCUCUCGCCGUCUUCCGCCUCCGUGCUGGUCUCAUGAGGAGACGAUUGCUUUGAUCGAUUCUUAUAGGGAUAAGUGGUAUUCCCUUCGUCGUGGGAAUCUCAAGGCCACUCACUGGCAGGAUGUUGCCGAUUCCGUUUCUCAUCGAUGCCCUAACGCAUCGCCACCGAAGACCGCCGUGCAGUGUCGUCAUAAGAUGGAGAAACUUCGGAAACGGUACCGGACUGAGCUUCAACGGGCUCGGUCUAUGCCGCUUUCCCGAUUUACGUCUUCUUGGGUUCAUUUUAAGCGGAUGGAUGCUAUGGAGAAAGGGCCGUCUGCGAAGCCGGAGGAAUCGGAUAGCGGUGGGGAGGAGGAGGAGGAAGAGGAAGAAGAUGAUCAGGAACUGUAUGAAGAGUUUAGGAAUGCUGGGGCUUCGGCGACUCGGAGUGUGAGGAAAUUGUAUGGAAAUGGGAUUAAUAACAGCGGUGGCACUGGCGGUGGAAGUGGUGGAGAUGGAGCCGCUGCUGGAGGGUUUCGGAUUCGAAUUCCGACUGGUGUGAGUAUAGCUCAACCAGGGUUGAAAAAUUAUCCGAAAUCUGAACAGAAGAUGAACCCUAAUUCAAAUCCUGUUUCAGGGAUGAACUCUGCCGCUGUUAAUUUUGGGACUAGAGUUGUGAGGGAGUCGAACCCGGUGAGGCCGGUGACAGGGAAGAGAGGGGAGAGGGAAAGGGAACGAGAUCCAGUUGCAGAGAUGGUGUCCGCUAUUAAAACUUUGGGAGAUGGGUUUGUAAGAAUGGAGAGGAUGAAGAUGGAAAUGGCUAGAGAGAUUGAAGCAAUGAGAAUGGAGAUGGAGAUUAAACGAACAGAAAUGAUCCUGGAUUCACAGCAGCGAAUUGUGGAAGCUUUUGCUAAGGCAGUUACUGAAAACAAGAAGAAGACUAAGAGAAUCCCAUCUCCUGAGGCCUAAAAUGGCUUCCUUUUUCUCCAUUUUUGGGCUCAAUUGGCUCAAAUUCCAAAUGGGGUUUCAUCCUUCUUCUCAAACUAUGAUUGGUUGCAGAGAUUUUCAGCUUCUGAAAGUCGAAAAUGAUCCUAGUUAGGUUCCUUUUCUAGUCCUUUUGUUGUUUUAUUCCACUCUUUUUCUUCCUUUUUUUUUUUUCACAUUGUUCUUUUCAUCUUUGACUGGAUUAGCUAGAUUGUGAUUGUCUAAUCAGUGUAGCCAUAUAAAAAGAAAACUCUGGUAAAUCUUCACAUAUAGAGUUUGUAGCUCCCAAACUUGCUGAAGGGAACUUCAAUUUGUGAAUAAAGAAUCAGAUUAUGGCAAAAUUGCCCUUUUUUUGGCCUUCUUUAUGUGAAAUAGAUGAAGCAGGUGUUUGGAUUUCUUGUAGCUGAAUGGCCUCUUUUGAAGUGAGUGUAUUAUCUGCUGCCUGCUUUAGUGGAUGAAUUGGUGGCAUUGGCUGACCAUUUUGAUUAGAAAUGUUAACUUUGUUGUAUAGAAUUUAAUCACUAUGGUUUAAAAUUUAGAAUUCUAUUCUUAUGGUUCAAAGUUCUAUCAAAUGAUACUCAGUUUUAACUUUCUUUUAAGUA